AUGCCUGUCGAAGAUGCCGAGUGCGCCAACCCACUCCUCCUCUCAUGGGUGAAGGAUUGGUACGACACAGCAAAAGAACGAAACACCAAGGGCGUCACUACCUAUAGGCAGGCUUUUAACAGUCUCAAGGCUUGUCCCAUUGCCUUUGACCAUCCGUCCCAGCUACAACAGCUCAAGGGUUUCGGCCCCAAGCUGUGCGAGAGGCUCACAGUCUUACUCCAGAAACACUGCAAUGAAAAUGGAUUGCCCAUGCCAGAGCAUCCGAUGGCGUCGAGAAAACGGAAGGAACCCAGCAAAACAACUGCGAAACCCAGGAAGACCAAGCAAUAUGUCCCGGCCUACCGCUCAGGCGCAUACGCCCUUGUAUUCGCAUUAUCAGAAAUGGACCCGGACGCGCCUGUAGGGAUGGCGAAGCAGGACUUGAUCGAGGCGGCACAAGCGCACUCCGACUCAUCUUUCACAGCGCCGAGCGAACCUGGCAAAUUUUAUACGGCCUGGAAUUCGAUGAAGACUCUCUUGCAACACGAGAUGGUGUACGAACGUGGAAGACCUACAAAGAGAUAUGCGCUGACGGACGAGGGCUGGGAGGUUGCCCGAAAAAUCCGAGACGCAAUGGCUGCUGGCGAUACCAGGCAGGUGAGGAGGGGUGACCACGUUAGAAACGCCGUCCCGAUUAUCAGCCAAGCAUCGGAGCCUCGACAGGCGGAUCUCGACGGUCCUGAAGAGGAUGAAGUCGAUGACAGAUCUCUUGGCAGCAAGCCGAACUAUGCCGACGUGGUUACGAAAGGAUCACUCAUCUCGGACGAAUCUUCUCUACCGACCUUUCCACCGAUCAUACUCAGGCCCGGCUCUUUCACGGUGCAUCUUGUGCUGGAUGUGCGAGAAGUACGAGCGAAGACAGAUCGAGACUACAUACAAGAUGAGUUGACCAAGAAAGGCGUUAGGCCCAUUAUGCGGGCUUUGGAGCUUGGUGAUGCCCAAUGGAUUGCCAAGUGCCACGACCAGGACUUCCUGCGGCGGUCAGGCGCGGAAGGCGACGAAGUCGUUCUGGACCAUAUUAUUGAACGAAAGCGGCUCGAUGAUCUGAUCGGUAGUAUCAAAGACGGUCGUUUUCACGAACAAAAAUUUCGGCUGAAGAGAUCAGGGGUGAAACAUGUCACCUACCUUGUUGAGGAGAUCUCACUCGACCAACAACACUUUCAGAAAUAUGAGGAGUCUGUGCAGUCUGCCAUCGCGUCGACACAGGUGGUCAAUGGCUUUACUGUAAAGAAGACACCAAAGAUGGACGACUCCAUACGAUACAUUGCGAGGAUGACGGAGGCUCUCAAGAAGAAAUAUGAGAGCAGACCUCUGAAAGUCAUCCCCACGAGAGUCAUCACGGCACAAAAUUAUCUGCCCUUGCUGCAUCACCUUCGUGCAAAGGAGCCCGGAUCAGAUUACUACAUCACUUACCCGGCAUUUGCAUCCUUAGUGUCCAAGUCAGACAUGCUUACCUUGAGGGACCUGUAUCUCAAGAUGCUCAUGUGCACGAGAGGCGUCACAGGCGAGAAGGCAAUGGAGAUACAAAAUAUCUGGAGGACGCCCAAUGACUUUGUCAAGGCGUUUGACCGCUGCGGCUCUGGGGAGGAGGGCAAGAAGAGGAGGCGAGAACUGGUGUCAAGCCAGCUGGGAAACAAGGUCAAGAGCAAGCAGGUUGGCAAGGCAUUAAGUGCCAAGAUCGCGGAAGUAUGGGGCGAUGCCUGA